CACCCCGCUCCAGACGGCGGGAGCAUGGUGGUGCUGAAGGGCGUCCCGGCGCUGCUGUCCCCGGAGCUGCUCUACGCCCUGGCGCGGAUGGGGCAUGGAGACGAGAUCGUUCUUGCAGACGUGAACUUCCCCACCUCCUCCAUAUGCAGGUGUGGCCCGGAGGAGAUCCGCGCUGACGGCCUGGGCAUCCCACAGCUCCUGGAAGCCGUGCUAAAGCUGCUGCCCCUGGACACCUACGUGGAGAGCCCGGCUGCUGUCAUGGACCUGGUGCCCAGCGACAAGACAAAGGGCCUUCAGACUCCGGUGUGGAGGAGCUACCAGUCCAUCCUGUCCGGGGCCGGCUGCAUGAACACCCUGGCGAAGAUAGAGAGGUUUGAGUUUUAUGAGCGGGCCAAAAAGGCUUUUGCUGUUGUAGCAACUGGGGAGACGGCCCUCUACGGAAACCUCAUCCUCACGAAGGGGGUGCUGGCCCCCGAUGCCCUGUUCUAGGCCAGGUGAAGACUGCCAGGCCCAGAGAGGAAUCUGGAUCUCUGAGCCACACGACCGAAGCUGGCCCCCCUCAGCAGCACUCAGACUGUUCCCAGUCAGGAGAACUGGGGACAGGCUGGUCCUGGGAGGGGGCCCUGGGAAUGGGAUGCACCCAAUUUAUGAAAAUGUGGGAAAGUGUAGUGAUUUGUCAGUGUUCCGUCCAGAGGUUUCAGCAGCAGCCCCAUCCUCACAAAGGCUUGUUUGGUUCCAAGCACUGGGAACCCACUGGCUCCAUGGAACACCCCUCCCUCUGCCCCCUCGCUGCCUCUUCAGGUGGGAAGUGACGCUCCCCUCCCUCCUGCAGGUCUGGGACAAUAGCUCACUGGAGACCCCACAGGGGGCCUGGGUGGGAGCCAUGACUAUGUAAGAGGCCUGAAGGUGGGUGGAGCCACUGCCCAGGUGGCCCUGAGUGGAGAGACUACAGACACACAGGUGACCUUUGAGAAGUCCAAGUCCAAGAGGGCAGGUGUCAGGGGCUGGUCUGGAUGCUCCAGGAGGUGCUCACAUGUGUGGGUGCUGGUGAGGUUGAGGACUGGUCAGCGGGGCCCCACGCCUGUGUUCCCUGCUCCUUCUCUCCAGUGGUUGAGUGCCUGCUGCAUACACAGCAGCCUGAACUGUCCUGGGAAAUGGGUGAGUGGGGGUAAAGUGCCAGAGGACUCCCCUUGCGCAGCAGGCAGAGGGCCAGCAGGCCCAAAGGCACGUAUAGGAAGCUAUCAUGGCUUCCAGCAUGAGGCUUGGGGUGGGCCCCAGGGUCUCCCCGAACCCUCCCCUUCCCCUUAAGACCUUCUUCCAGCUGAGUGGGUGUAGGAGUUGGCAUGACCAGGGGCCCCUGGGCCUCAGAGGCUGGGGAAGGGCCCCCUGCUGGGGACCGGGUUGGUGUCCCACACGUCGAAGAGAAUCCGGAGGGAAGGCCAGCCCCCCAAGCUGCAGAUCUGGGGCUCAGCCUGGGGAAGGGACCCUGCUCUGGGCCAGUUACUGCCAGGGCUUAACCUCAGACCCAUGACUCCACUUGUAGCCCCACAAAGGCUUUUCUUUAAACAGCUUUAUUGAGACUUAACUGACAUCAUAAACUACACAUUUAAAGUGUACAGUUAAAUA